CUUUGGCCGUCAAUUUGUUUAGUUCUUGGCUUGACACCACAAAAGAUGAUGAACAUCUCAAAAUAGUUUUACUGUGGGAUCUCCGGCGGCACGUGAUUGAUCUACAGAAAUAUCUAAAUAGGUUUGACAUACAAAUGCUGAAAACUUUAACGAAAUACUGUGUUUGUUCGAAGAGAGAGCAAUUACCAUUUCAGUCAGUACUAGUGCCCUAAAGAGCCGCUAAAUUUUCGGAGCGAGCAAGUCCGGAAUUUAACGGUCAAAAAUCGCGUAAUACAUAAGCACAAGAACCUUCAAAGUGUGCGCCUAGUAUAGCAGCCAUGCAGCACAAUCCUGGUGUUUUUAUCCUUGUUCACAUCAUGGUGAUAAGUAUACAUUUAAUUCCAAAGCAUGUGACCGAAGCUGCAGUUGUCAACAACUGUACCGGUCCUGUUCAUUCUACUUCAUCCUGUGACGAAAUCACCUAUGAGGAAGUCUAUGACAUCUUGACAAAAUCACAAAACAGUUUUAAUAUUGAAUCAGCUCUUUAUCCACCCAAGAGGCCCUCUUCAGUCCGUGUGUUUGUAAAUGUCUAUGGCCCUAAUGGAACGGACCGAUCGACUCCAGCUGCCAAGUACACCUGGAGCACAUCUUGCCUCUAUGCUGCUCUUCCUGCGACAGUCCUUGAAUUUUGGUCUCUAUGGGCAAUCCAGGUGACCAGGCGUACUCAGAGGCUUAAUAUAACAAUUUCAAUCACCUGCUGUGAUGUGACAAAAGGGAUAUUAAAGAAACACAUCGAAGAUGCUCUAGCCGCGCUUGAGGAUUUGGCCAUUAAACCAACUCUAAGGGACCCACGGCUGAAUUCUGCUGAGUGUGUUAUAGAAGGACAUCGGUCAGAUAUUAUUGCUACGGGACACAAGUUUCGGAUUGUGGUGGUGUUAGUCUGCUCCAUCAUUUUUCCAGUACUGAUUGCACCAUUUUUGGCCUUCCUUGCAUGGCAAUAUCGGCAGACCCAGACAGCAAUUGAGCGGUUGAGCAUGGAUACAGUUUGCAAGCUUCUUGUUAUCAUAGUAACCGCUGUAAACAUAGCUAAGGAGAUAGUGGUUCAUGGAUGUGAAAGAGAAGAAGUUCCUGCACUUAUCGAGGCAAUGCAACCGAUUAUUUUUGCUCUAGAUAUCAUGUUCGUUGCCUUCAUCAAUUGGUACAGAUUUCAUAAAUUCAUAAUUUUUGAUCGCGAGGUGGAAGACAGAAAGUUAUUCUUUUACAUCGUGUGUGCAAACUUGGUAGCUUACCAUUUUUUUUGGCUUGUAGUUGGUAUCACGCUCAAUCCAUUAUGGGGUCUUUUUGAUCUGCUUGGAAUUUGCCUUUUUGUGGGUGCCUUAUCAUACUAUGUAUAUCAGUACUAUUAUUUGACAAAUGAGCGUUUAGGUCCUGGGAAUGGUAAUGUCGGUGGUAGUAAUAGCAAUAUAUACAGACAUAAAAACUUUAUUCUCGUCCUGAAAGGGGAUAAUACGUGUGAAACUACUACUAAUCAGUCUUCAGGCCCUGGGAAUGAUAAGGGAAAUGGUAAUAAUAAUAAUAACAAUAAUAAUGGUAAUAAUAACAACGUUCACUUCAUUUCGCGCUGGCAGUCUUUUUACUGGAGUGUUUCUUGCGUACUUGUCACUAUUUGUUUUUUGAUUGCGAUAAUCCUUACUGGGCAGUCAUAUAAUGGGAAGGAAACUGCCCAUGAAGUUUUCAAGGAUGUAGUUGGGUAUUUGUUUCCUAUCUCUUUUGCAUGGCUUUGCUGGAAGAGUCGCCGUGACAUAAAAAUUUUUACACCUGCUACCAAUUCCCAGCCAGUUCCUGACGAAGAUCCGUUUGCUGCUUUUACUCUCGAUGAAGUCAAAGUAGAGAACUGAACGAAGGCAGUGAUCGAUUCAAAAUGGCGGGCACUUUGUACUUAUUGACUGAGUGAGAGGCCGGAACGGGAAAAUUUCGAGGUCCAUUCUCCAUGACUGAGAGCCAAAUGUUUUUCCUUCCGCCUGAAGAAACUUAAUCCAUAAGUAUUUUAUCAUAUGAGCACCAGGUCCUAACAAUUAUGAAUUCUAUUUGAGCCUACAGGGCCCGAUUUCUUACAUUCAAAAGGCAUGUGCUGGACAACUAUAAAAAUCAAUUUACAAAUCAAUUAAAAGUUUUGAAACAUGAAUAUUACGGUCUCACCCGCUGCUAUCCUAUAGAAGAGCAUUUUGAAAGCUGAGGCGUAUGUUGCCGGACACGUUGCUUUUAAGUGGUCCGGAAAAUGCGUAACAGGGCUCUGUUAUAUUUCCAAGAAACUGAAUUCAAGUUGUGGUCUUCAACUCAGAAUGAAAUUUAAUUGAGAAAAUAAGUAAUUUUUUUAUUAAGUGUGAGGUUCUUUUUCCUACCUUGAGAAAUGAGGAAAAGUUUUCCUCUUAGAAUCCUUUUUAAAGGUGCCCAGGACGCGCCCUUCAUAGGUAUGUAAUUGUGCCUUUUUUUAUUUAAACACAAAUUCAAAACUUUGAAAACUCAGAAGUCAUGUGGGGAAAAUUUCACUGUUCUUAAGAAGAAUCUAAAAGUCGCACAUCGUCACUUGAAUAGAUAGAAGAUAGAUAGAUAGAUAGAUAGAUAGAUAGGUAGGUAGAUAGAUAGAUAGAUAGUUUAAUGGCCAUAUACAUUGAAGCCCGAAGGCUGAAUUGCUUAUAUGCA